GGUGGCCCCAUGAGCUCCACGUUUCUAUUUAUGCACCACAUUCUACUACCACAUUCUAAUUAGGGACAGUUUUCCUUCCAUUUUACAUUCAAUUCUUCUCAUAAAAUUUCAGAAAUCAAUGGGAAAUCACAAGUUCAGAUUAUCAGAUAUGAUUCCAGGUGCCUGGUUUUACAAGCUCAAGUACAUGAACAGAACCAGAAACCAGAAAAACCACCGUGGCGCCGGCCCAGCACCACCACCUCCGUCGCCCAAACAAAGGCCGCCAGCAUCAUCUGACCAAAGAAAAUCCUACCAUUUUACAAGAGACCUCACAUUUCACAGUAAUUCUCCAACCAAAAGUACUGCAGUGGAUUAUUCAGAAACACCAAGAAUAUCAUCAAGGAAGAGACGUAGCACGAAGAAAACCAGAGUUUCGGCCGGUUACGGCUGCCGGGUCAUUCUUGAAUCCGACCGGAACAAACCCAAUUAUACGUCGGAAGUGUAUCGGAAUUCAAGUAUUGAUAUCUCAUCUGAUCGGAGUCUCACUCCAGAUGCAUUUGAUCCCAUGGUUUCACGGUCAACUUCCUGCAAAAGCAAAAUCCAAAAAGAUAUCAUAAUUGAUUUUGAUGAAAAGCCAUUCCAUGCAAAAUCUGAACUCGAUCUCACUCCGAUCAUUACCAAAGUCCGUGACACUGAAAUUCACAUGAAAAAUGAUACGAAUUUACCAAUCAACAUUAACAGAGUUUCAGAGAAAUCUGAGGAAAGAAAUGCAUUUGAAUCCCGAUCUGUGAAGGCUGUGAAAGAUGACACUUUCAGCACUGAUUCCAAAGAACAAAGGACGACUUCUUUCAGAAAAUCUACAGUGCAUUCUCCAGGCGUGAAACUCCGGAAUUCUCCAAGAAUCAGAAGGAGUAUUCCUGGCCGGAAAAGUUUGUCAUCAACUACAAGUUCAAGUUCAAGGAAAAGCGCAACGGAGAAUUUCGCAGUUGUGAAAUCAUCCAAGGAUCCACGGAGGGAUUUUAGAGAAUCAAUGGUGGAGAUGAUUGUGGAGAAUAAUAUCAGAGCAUCAAAGGAUUUGGAAGAACUUCUUGCUUGUUAUCUAUCAUUGAACUCUGAUGAAUAUCAUGAUCUGAUCAUCAAUGUGUUCAAGCAAAUUUGGUUUGACAUAAUUGCUGAUAUUCGUCUGAACUAAUUUAAUUUCUUUCAUGUUUUUUUUUUUUUUUUUUUUUUGGUUUGUUUUAUCCUUUAAUAGAAUAGUAUAAUGUAAUUUUAUAUUUAAUUUCUCUUGACAUAUGAACUUACAAUCUAUUGAACAA